AAAGAUUGAGAUUGUCAUUUCUAGCCACUGAUAUUUUGAAUCGUAUGGCCUAAAAUCAAUAUUUCUCAUCUAAGUCAUUCUAGUAUGUUCUCAUCAUAACUCAACUCUCUCUCUCGCCUAAGUUAGAAGAAACACAAGAGCAAAUUAGCAGAGCUCAACUCGUGUUAGAUUCAACCCUCUUUCUCAACCAUGAUGAAACCCUCGUCGACGAAGCGUGACGCAAGUCAGAGUGAGAGGACCUAUGGCGGAUUUGGUGAAGAGAACCCACGGCGGAUUCGCCGAAGAGAACCCACGGCGGAGACGGUGAAGCGCAUGAGCUGCGGCGGAGGAGGUGUGACAGACUCGUCUCUGGUCAAACUCUGCUUUGACUUCACCUCCUCAUCACCACAGAUCUGCGAAGAUAAUAAUGAAACAGGAAGGAGAAGGGGUGGUGUGACGGCAAGCGUAGUGUACUGGGAUGGUGGUGCGGCGGUGCAGCGAUGGUGGGGCGGUGCAAGCUAAGUUUUGAUUUUUAGGGUCUUUUUGGUUUAGUUUGAUCAAUUAGUUUAAAUUUUGUAAACCGAUUCUAAUUUAUAAAAUAAUUUUGAUAUAUAAAAUUAUUUUAGUUUCUAAUUUGUAUUUUGUAAUUUUUUUUUCUAUUUGUUUGGGUUAAUACUGUUCCAUAGUUAUAGAAACUUUGUAGCUAAAGUUGUCUCUAAUUGCAAUAGAAGGAGUUGUUGUCACAUUGUCACUAAUUUGCUACGAAUAUUUCUCUUGCUAAUCCGUCUCUAGCUGGCUACAGAUUAGCUACA